AACCCGAAAACAGUGGUUGGUUCAUCUGACGGUCAUUCUUUUGUGCUUUCCUGAGCUCCGUAGAUUUAAGAGCAGACUUGUGUUAUUUACCGGAGACAACGAACUGUUAAAAUGCCGGUGGACUUAAGUCAGUGGACCGGAGAUCUUGCUCUGACUGAAGUCGAAGAGAAACCAGCAGAAGUUCUCGUCGUGAAGUAUGGGUCUCUCGAAUUAGAUGAACUGGGAAAAGUCCUCACGCCUACUCAGGUCCAAAAUCGACCCACAUCAAUUGAAUGGAAUGGCUGCGAUCCUGGUAAACUAUACACGUUGGCCAUGACCGACCCAGAUGCCCCAAGCAGAAAAGACCCCAAGUUCAGGGAGUGGCAUCAUUUUCUUGUGGUCAACAUGAAAGGAAAUGAUAUUGGAAGUGGGUGUGUUAUGUCUGACUAUGUUGGAUCUGGUCCCCCAAAAGGAACUGGUCUCCAUCGCUAUGUGUGGCUGGUUUACGAGCAGUCGGGUGAACUCAGCUGCUCUGAGGCUGUGCUGACCAACCGCUGCGGCGAUAACCGCGGCAAAUUCAAGCUCCAGGCCUUCCGCAAGAAGUACGGCCUGGGAGACCCUGUCGCCGGCUCCUGCUACCAGGCUGAAUGGGAUGACUAUGUUCCAAAACUGUAUGAGCAGCUGGCUGGAAAGUAAACACAAGAAAGAGCCCCUCCAACAAAGAGCACUUCCAACAGACCGCUUAGACAUGUGUAUCCCAUGACCUAAAAUAUUCUGCCUUUCUCUUCUGGGUGUGCCAUUCUUCCAUUACUGUCAAGCAUCAGAUUCAUUCAGUUAGCUCAUUUCAUUGCAUCAUGGAAAAAAGCUUUUGUUUAUUGACAUUUUGUGUACUCCAGUAGUUUGUAACUGUUCUGAAAGAACAAUUGAGAACUUCCUUUGGCAAUUGAAUUGCUGGUACUAUAAAAGGGAUGUAUUAAAAGAACACCAAUACAAUCAAGGUUUGAAACA